CGGGGGAUUGUUGACGCCUGCGGCUGCUGCGGUGGCGACGGGGCUGUUGGGGAGGGGCCAUUGGGGGAGGGAAACGGAGCAGUGACAGGUACCCCGGAGGGUGCUGCUGAGACGACGAUGGCCGAGGGGCCCGAGGAAGCCCGAGGCCGCCCUCCCGGGCAGGACGAUGGCGAAGGGGACCACGACCCCGUUCCUUCCCUGAGAGGCGCCCCUACCACCGCCGUCCCACGCCCCCGCGACGACCCCCAGGCCGAACCCCAAGCCCCGGGCCGGCCCACAGCCCCGGGCUUCGCGGCCGCCGCCGCCGCCGCCGAAGAAUUGGAGCCGCCGCGCGAGCUCAGGAAGCGCGGGGAGGCGGCCUCCGGCUCCGGUCCGGAGCUGCAGGAGCAGGCGGGCUGCGAGGCGCCCGAAGCCGCGGCGCCGCGAGAGAGACCGGCGCGGCUGAGCGCCCGCGAGUACUCCCGGCAAGUGCACGAGUGGCUGUGGCAGUCCUACUGCGGGUAUCUCACCUGGCACAGCGGCCUGGCCGCCUUCCCAGCCUACUGCAGCCCCCAGCCCUCCCCGCAUAGCUUCCCUUCGAGCGGCGCUGCAGUCCCCCAGGCCGCGGUGCCACCGCCCCCGCAGCUGGGCUAUUACAACCCCUUCUACUUUCUGAGCCCCGGGGCCGCGGGGCCUGACCCGCGGACAGCUGCCGGCAUCAGCACCCCUGCUCCAGUCGCGGGCCUGGGGCCCCGGGCUCCUCAUGUGCAGGCGUCGGUCCGGGCCACUCCAGUGACAAGGAUAGGAUCCGCAGCCCCUUCGCGAAGCCCGAGCGAGACCGGGCGACAGGCAGGCAGAGAAUAUGUUAUUCCAUCCUUGGCCCACAGAUUUAUGGCAGAGAUGGUGGAUUUCUUUAUUCUCUUCUUUAUAAAAGCAACCAUUGUCUUAAGCAUUAUGCACCUCAGUGGGAUAAAGGAUAUCUCUAAGUUUGCUAUGCAUUAUAUAAUAGAAGAAAUAGAUGAAGACACAUCAAUGGAAGACUUGCAGAAAAUGAUGGUUGUGGCUCUUAUAUACAGAUUAUUAGUUUGUUUCUAUGAGAUAAUUUGCAUUUGGGGAGCAGGUGGAGCUACCCCAGGGAAGUUCCUGCUGGGACUUCGAGUUGUGACAUGUGAUACAUCAGUGCUUAUUGCACCAAGUCGGGUUUUAGUGAUUCCUUCCUCAAAUGUUAGCAUUACAACAUGUGGAAUACAACUAGUAAUUGGUAGAAGAUGGAUCUGAAUUUAACUAGUCUGGAUUCAGAACCCACACUCGUAGCCACUGUACUUUUCUGCAGCCCUUCAGUGCACUAAAAGGCAGAAAUCUGACAUAAGUAGGAUAAUUCUCCAUUCUGAGUGAUUCUUGAAAGCUUUUAAAAGCUUUGCUUAAUCACUGGAUCCCACAAAGGAAAAUGCUGAUUAAAGAACACACAGUACUUUAAAAUGCCUGUUUUUUCUAUAAGGUAGACAAAUGGGACUACAGUAAGCAUACUCAGAAAGUACUCAGAAUUCAUGUUCAUUUCUUCUGAGAAAAUACUAGAAAGCUCUGUAAACCCUUAGUUCAAUAUUCUGAGACAUGUUUAUUACUGCUUUUUAUGUUGUUGAAGUCUUUAGAAAUAGCCCAGGUGGUUUGAUCAUCAUACAGUGCUACUUGAAAAUAUAUCAAAGGUAAAAAUUCUCUCAACUAUACUUCGAAUGUCUUUUUCCCUGUAGACUUUUGUAGAGAGGUAUAAUUGUGUUUUAAAUGUCUAUUUUGAACUUGAUGGGAUACCAUUAAUCUAUAUGUGGUUUGAUGUGUAACUUACGUGAUAUUUUUGUUUUAACUUUUUAGGUCCACUAUACGAGCUUUGAUCAAGAAUUUUUCAAUUGCUUCUUUUUUCCCUGCUUUCAUCACACUGCUGUUUUUUCAGCAUAAUCGAACAGCUUAUGACAUUGUAGCAGGAACCAUUGUGGUAAAAAGAAAUGGGGUCAGAUGAUGCCCCCAAAACCCUGAUUUCCACACACUAAGACUAAAUUAUGUAUCAAGGCCAUCAGUAUCCCUGGGUUACACUAAUUGAUGAUUUAGAAAUUAAAGCAGUCACUCCAGUAUGAUGCAGGUGACUACUCUGAAAGUAUUGAUUUUACUUGAAUGCCAAAGAACUUUUCCAGAAGAAAAACCUAUUAAAUUCAAGUAUUAAAAUUUUUAGAUCAAAAAGGCAAAUGAUUUUAUAAACAAUGGACAAUAUAUACUUUCUUAAGAUCUAAGGUACUUUCUUAAGAUCUAAGAAUUUGCUGAAAGCAUUUUCAGCUUUGAAAUCUCCAAAUGAAACUUUAAAAUUUAUUUUGGUUUAUCCCAAAAUAAUGGAAAAUGUCCAGUUGUGUUUUGUAAACACCUAUGUAACUCAUCUUUUAGUUUACACUUCCUGGGGAAAUUGUCUUUGGUGUUUUGGAGAGGGAAUGAGAACACAAAUUGGAUAAUCCACUGUCUCCCAUCCCAGGAGAUGGUGAGUUGGCUGCAAGAGAAAGGGACAAGUGAGGCAGGCCUAGCAGUUCCCUUACCUGAAGUUUUCAAAUCCAUACUGCAGUUCCCUCGCGUAAUAAUGUAACUUUACAACUAUUCUUAAUGCUUGAACGUGUAUUUAGGGGCAAGUUUCUCAUGAUGAUGAAAAAGUAUUAAGUCAUAUUGCUAUGUUAAUUUUUUUUUUUUAAAGGUAAGUUAGUGAUUACUUUUAAUGGUGGGGGAGUAAGUUUUCACUGUAAAUUGAACUUACAAUUUAUGUGCAAGUGUUUUCAGUGCCCUGAAUCAAACUAUAAAUAUGUGGGGAUAAAUUUCCAUCAAACAGUUGCAUAUUUACUGUAAAAGUAUUCCCAGUAUGUGUGCAGCAUGAACAAAGUAUUAGUGCUUCUCAGUGUUUUCAAUGAGUGUAAAUUCUAUUUAUAUACAGCAUAUUCACAUACUACUUUCCUUAUAUUUUAUAUAGUUCUAUGACUGUUGAUACAUCAAGGAGUUAAAAAAAUCUUAAUAUUUCAUGAUUAACUCUAAAUACUAUUAAUAGCUUGUGAAGUAUUAGCAAUUUUCCCAUUAUGGACCAUUCUCUCUAAAGCAAGGGAGACUAGCAUUCCCAGACAUUAUUCUAGGUUCUUUAAGCUCACUUUGGGUCUGCUAAAGUUUGGGGGGAAAUGUUAAGCAAAGUGAUACUGUGUAUAUUGCCAUUUUGCUUUAUUCUUCUGUUGAAGCAAAAUUGUGGGGUUUUAUGUGUGUGUGCUUUUCCUAGAUGUCCCAGUUAGCUGUGCCCAGAUAUACCUGUACUAUUUAUGGUUUAAGUUUUGAUUCUUAGGCAUUUUCUCCAGCUCUGACAUUGUUUUCCAAAGACACACUAAACUGCAUUGCACAGUUCAAAAUUUGAUUACUUAAGGGAUCAAUCUAGGUGGUGUUCUUGGUCUUAAAUUUAAUAGCAAACAGUACAUAUCUAUUAUCACUGUAUUUUCAAAGGUUUUUGACAUUUAAAACUGACAACAGAUAUUCACAUUUGAUUAUAGAAACUUAAUGUCUAUUAAUAAUUUUAAAAUUUCAUAAACCAUGUUUUUCAAAAUAAGUUUAUGUCAAAUCCAGCUUCCCAGAAACACUAAUAGUUAAGUAUGUCAAUGUACUAAAUAAAUCAUUCACUUGCACCCAUGGGGAAGAUUUAGUGUUACUGCCCUUCACAGUGAAAAAAAGAAAAGUCUUUCAUUUUUAAAAUUAGGGAGAUGUUACGUAACUUGGCACUUUAGUAGUGUAUACACUAGCAUUAGUUUAUACACCACUUUUGCCACUGGGGAAUUCGAGUUGAAAUGUCCCUCAAUCAUAUAGGUCUGGAAUACAUCUUUCAUUCAUAAUUUCUGCUCAGAUAAUUGAAUAGUUUGCCAUCUAGUUUAUUUUCAUUUAUACUAUAAAACAAAAGCAAACUAGUCCAGUUUAAUUUUUUAUACUUAGAAUAUUGCACAUUUUCUAUAUAUGAGUCAUUCAGGUUAGUAUCUAUGUAGGUUCAGUCAGAUCCAACCGUGGAUUUAAGUUAUUAUACUGUAUAACCCUACAAAAUACAUAGAAGUAUUAUUUGCCUUUAUAACAGAACCCAAGAGUCUGUUUCAGUUUAUGAAUUCAGUAUUUGUGCAGAGAUUUUGAUUCCCAAAGUUUGGAAAAAAAAAUGACAAAACAAAGAGGGAAGAAGGAACCAGGCCUUAGUGCCACAUAUUUUUCUCUUGGGGUUGUAAGGUAGUCUCCUGCUUUCCAGAACACUUUAUUAUAUUUCACUUAUAGACCUGAUUUUCUGUGUCAAAGUAUAAUUCUCAUGCUGAAGCUCUAGCCUAAAAAGCCAAAAGAAAGUUGUCUUCAUUUUACAAACAUAUUCAUCACUUUAACAAAAUAAUAAGGGAACAAAAUUUAGUAUUCAAGCUGAGUGAGAAUACUGUUUCAAUGAGCAUGUCCCUAAGAUAAACCAGAAUUGGCAGUUAAUUUAGGCAUCUAGAAAAUCUCAGUUCCCACCGGUAAAGUUAUCCUGAGUGGCUAAUGCACCUUGAGAAAACUCUGGCAUACUGAAUAACAUUAACAUGGGAGCCAAAAGCUGGGUAAGCCUUACGUUUACACUACUCUGUGACUACAGAAAUAAAGCCAGCACUUUUGGAACUAAUAAGCCUUCACUUGUCAGUAUCAUAAAGAGUAUUGCCCAACUGAACUUGGCUCCCACUGGUUCAGUAGUUGCUUAUUUCUGCCUAAGCACUCACCUUCCGAUUUUACCCAAGUAUAUAGGAUAGAAAAAAAUGCAUUAUAUUUGAGAGCUACUUCGCCCAAAUUACAAAAUGAGUCAGUGUUUUUAGAUUCAAGUGACAGCAAAAGGAUUUGUUCCCUUCAGUGACUUGAGUGUUUUAGUUAUGCAUAAGUAUUUCUAGCAAAGGAAGGGUAGAAAGGAAUUGAAAAUUAAUUUACACUAGUUGCUACUUGGGAAUAAAGGGCUUUUUGAGGGGGUAUGGAAUAUUAAAUGUUUUCGUUAUAUACUUGUCCCUGUUAAAACAGGCAGUUCUUUGAAUAUGCCUAAAUAACAGUAUUCUUAAAAUCUGACAAGUAACAUGUCAAUUACUUGAUAUCCCUUGUCUCCAGUACCACAGGCCACUCUUGACAUCCCAUGUUUGCCUGGAUAAAGUUCCUCAUUUCAAACAGUAUACAUACUUUGCAGUUCAUUAUAGUAAGGCUUAACCUGUAAACAGUAUCUGAUGGCCCACCUAUAAAUAAAAUUCAGCAUUCUAUUUUUAAUAAUUUGUAUGCCACCAAUUUGUAUUAUUUGUCUCAAUAAAUAGUCAUCAAUGCA